AUGCAAACGAGUUUAUUGGAAAAAGCCUCUGAUCAAUUUCAUUUAGUUUUGAGGCUAUUAAAUCUAGGCGAAAAUAAUCUCAAAGAAGCUGAUGAAUCGAUAAUCUCUCAAAAUCCGAAUUCAACACAUACCCCCAGAAAAACCUUAAAAUUUGUAAUUCCACCUCAUCCAGUUGAAAAAACCCCUUUAAGUCAUUCAACAAAACAUUGUGGAAACCUUAGUCCUCAUCCAACUGAAGAUAAGGUUAUUUCUAAAGCAAACGUACCAAAUUCUACCUCUCAUCAAACACCAGAAAGUGAUGAUCAGGAUGGCUUUUUGAAGGAGGAUAAAGAUUUCGACGAAAAUCCAUCUAAUCUUGGCAGUACAGAUGAUGAAGUCUCAAGUUUAAUUUUAGAUGUCAAUAACUCAACACCACAAUCAACACCUUGUGAACCUACUGUUUGUGAUUCUUUUGAUUCGCGGAAGAAAGAAACUGAAGAUAUUUAUGGUUUCAUUUUUACGGAAGAUAAAGAAAUCGACCUCCAAGGUAAAACGACGCCACAGCAACAAACUAAUUCUGAGCUUAAACAUACAAGAAGUAUUCUUAAAUCGAGAUCACUUUCCCCAAAGACUUAUUUUGACAGCACAUGUGAGUCCUCUCAGGAUAAAAUUUAUUAUACUGUACAUGGAACACGUGACAGUGUUGACCUUACUACAGUUCGAUUUCAAAUCGGUUGUAUUUCACCCUCUUUUAGUGGUGAUAGCAAUUCGAAUGAUCUUGUAAUGAAUACAUAUCCCAUACUUUCGGAAUCCGAAACUAUUGAAUCACCUCGCACGACACGAAAAACUGUAAGAUUCGCAGACGAAACAAACGAUUUUACACAAAUUCACCCAACAUCUAUGGCUCCUCUAUUUUCAAAUGUUUUUCCCCUGAGAAUUUACCGGGAUGCUGAUGAUGUAACAUCAAUUUUUGAUAGUGAUACACCAUCUUCAAUAGAAGAAAGCUCAACAAAAAUACCGGAGAUAAAAUCGUUUUAUAAUUAUGAUCCAACAACUUCGGUCAGUUCAAAUUUCUUAUCAAUCAGUAUCGGAAAAAUGUCAAAUCAGCUGUCUAAACCAGGUGAUAGAAAUUCAACAAAUAUAUAUAAUACACAAAAGUCACAUUAUUUGAAGAAUGAUGAUUCGACCAACUGGGAAAUAGUAUCGAAAAAUGAAUAUAUUUCAGAAAAUUUCAACGAACAAAAGGACGAGUAUUCAACUCUUGACUAUGAAUUAUUAAAAUCAAGUGGCAAAUUGAACGUUACUUCUAACAAUGAAACACAUUCUACAACUCCAACAAAUUCCAGUCGAAUAAAUACAUCACAAGGCUAUGCUGAUCUUUUGAUUGGUCGACCUAACCUGCACGAUGAUUUUUUAAUCCCUCGGCAACAGUUACUUACAAAUGAAGUUUCCUUAUUUACUCAUCCAUUUAAUGGGUAUAAAAAUGAGCACUCAACCACGUUAAGUCCUCAGAAUAUAUAUCGAUCUAAUGCACAAUCCAAUAACUAUAAAAUAUUCUUAUCUGGUCGUCAGAAUUAUUCACUGUCUGAUAAAACUGAUACAUCUGAAACUAACCGAACACAAUUUCUUAUGCAGAAUCUAUCCAGUACUGGCACGCCGAACAAUGAACAGACAUAUGUUACAGUAAGGCAAUCAGAUACAGCAAACAAAGCUAAUAUUUUAUUACAUCAGUAUCCAACUGAUAGUAAUCAUAUCAAUGAAGGUUCUCAAACUCAAAAUCAAGAUACAUAUGCACCGGAUUACGAGGGGAUAGAUUUAUCUUUCAUGAGAAGGAAAAUAACAACAACUGCUUCCUCACCAUUACCAUCUUCAAUAAGAGCAACAGUUAUGGGCACUGGUCAUCAUCGUGAUCAUUUUUCCGACACUGAAAACUGUAAUAAACUUGUUUUACAGCCACCAAGUCCAGAUAUCACGAAAGAGUCUUUGUCGAAUAAGAAGAAUAAUAACCGAAACAGUGAAAGCUCCAGAUCAAUUAUCAAUAUUCAACAGAAACAGGCUUCACAAUCCUCUACCACAGUGCAAACUACAUCUGCCAGACUUCUUAAACGUCGACCACGUGUUUGUGAACCUUCUGCCGUAGACUUGAAUAUUUCUGAUUCUAGGAUGAUUACGUCAGCUUAUGAAUUUGAAUCUACACAAUCUGAAGGAAAUCUGAAGGAAAAUUUAUUGAAAUUUGAGGAACCUUUCAUUAUUCCUCAUUCUAACCCCAACCAAAAUGUUUCCAGUAAUCCGAAAGCCUGUUGGUUUCGUUUACAUGAUGGAUAUUCAGCGGAAGCUAACUAUGAUUCCGGUGAACAUCCCCAGCAUGAUCAGUUCAAGAUUAAUAUUAGAAAUCAACCCGCUGUUUUUAAACGGCCAGAUAAAGUUGCAAAUGAGUGUGACAGUUGUGAUUAUGAUAAUAUAUCAAAUUUACCAUCAAAGUGUGUUUUGCCGUCCACAUUUAGAUUGGGAAAUACUUCAGUUGUUAAGAAAUUAUUUGGACCAAAAUCGCAAUAUGCAACUUACACACAAGGUGUAAGUGGACUUUUUCAGUCUAAGGAAAAGUGUCUACCACAGCAACCAACAAAAUCAUUGACACCAUCACAACAAUUACAUCAGCAAGAAAACAAACCCAAAUCCUUGUCAACUUUACAACCGGUUCCAGUUGAACAGAAGGUAUUUCAUCAAUCUUCUGGCAAUACUAAAAGUUUGUCAACAAGACGGUCAUCACAAUGGACAUGUCUCUGAUGAUCCACUUUAUAACUUACCCUAGUAAUCUUCAUUACCAUGCAUGAAUACCUUGCAUAGAUCUUGUUUUUUGGUGUGUGAAACACACUGCUUAUAACAGGAAAACCUGAAAUACCGUCCGCGUUGUCAAUCGAAGAAGAGCGGUUAAUUAAAUCUCUUGAGCGUUUAAACAGACGAUUGAAUGAUAUACUCAUUCGCCAAUAGUGAUAAACCAUGUCUGAGCUGAAAUUCUCAAUAGACUACAACUUGGUAACACCAAUUAAAUAUACAACUGUAUAGUAAUGCACGUGUUAUGCUUAUUUGCA